GAAUCGAACAACAUCACGUUCCGUGUGUCACUCGCGCUGAAUUGAGCCGGGGAGAAGAAUCACUCAUUCGGUGUUGAGUAGAACGAUGACCCAAACAUUAAGCUCGGACGAGGUGAACAUCACCGUCGAAGAUCAAUUGCAAAUCAACCAGUUCGCGAGACAUAAUCAGAAUCUCCAAGAGCUCGAAGCUGCCAUAAAGGCCAAGAACGAAGAAGUUCAGAAGCUCCAGGAUGCUGCCGACGAGUUGAUGCUCGGCGAAGACGAGGACCAAAUACCAUACAAAAUGGGAGACGUCUUCAUCGAUUUGCCGUCUGACGAGAUCCAGGGUCGUCUCGACGCAGACAAAGAAGAGUUAGAGAGACAAAUCUCUGAAUACAAGGACCAAAUCGCACAGUUGAAAGCUCGUAUGACCGAGUUGAAAACGACACUCUAUGGCAAAUUCGGGAGCAACAUCAAUCUAGAAGCCUGAGAUCGAGUGCAUUCGAUCGGACCGAGAUAUCAGAUGCACGUCCGCGCCAGUACCAUCGAUGACACGAUCCUCCACCGGAGGACAUUGCGCCAGAAAAACUGGAAUCGAAGUUCUCAUCGAGAUUUUCUUCUUUCCUCGUACAUUAUACGGGGACGAUGCGACGCUGGCGCUGUGGUCAUCGAAAUAACGUUCCCGGGCAAGGCUACCGGAAUAAAGCAUGGAAUCAAGUGAUCCUAA